AUGCCCUACUCCGCCAUGCGCACCGUGAUCGAUCGCCGAUCUUGCACCACACCAGAUCGAUAUAAUGGCGCUCCUCCCGCUGGUCCUCGCGCUCCUCGUCGUCUCCAGCGCCGCGCAGCAGCCACCGAUGCAGCCGCCUCAAACGCCAAACGCGCCGCAAGCACCCAACGCGCCGGCAGCGCCCAACGCACCCCCGGCGCCGGGAGCAACCGCGCCACCCGCCGGGAACCCUCCUCCCGCGCCCACCGCGCCCCCGGCCGGCAACCCGCCUCCAGCUCCCACCGCUCCUCAGGCGCCUCCCAUGCCUCCUCAAGCGCCACAGGCCCCGGCCAUGCCCCCACCGACGCCCCAGGCCCCUGCCAUGCCCCCUCCGACGCCACAGGCUCCCGCCACCCCUCCCCCCUCUCCCACCACGCCGCCGGCCACCCCACCACCCGCCCCCACAACCCCGCCCCCGGCUCCCCCGACACAGCCCCCGCCAGCUCCCACCACCCCGCCUCCCGCCCCCACCACCCCGCCCCCAUCACCGCCCAUGUCCCCACCACCCGCCACUCCACCUCCAAUGGCGACACCACCUCCAGCCAUGACGCCCACCAUCGCCCCGACCACCGCUCCGGCGACCUCCCCCGUCUCGACGCCCUCGCUCUCCCCGGUCAGCCCGAAGGCGCCCUCCCCCGCCGGCGAGUCGUCCCCGACAUCGUCCCCCACGCUCGCGCCAGCUGGCACGCCGGUGACCGACAGCAGCAGCGCAACCACAGUGCGCGCCGCCGGUGUCGCCGCGCUCGUUGCGUUGGCUACCGCGGGCCUCGCCGCCUUCCUCUGAGCAGUAGCUAGGCUCUCGUGCGUGCAUGCAUGCAUGUCGCCGCUGUGUCCGUCGGAUCCCGUGCGUCGGA